UUCUUCCGGGGGCUGGCCGAGUUGGCUCCGCAGUCAUGGUUCGGAACGUGGACGACCUGGACUUCCACCUGCCCUCGCACGCCCAGGACAUGCUGGACGGGCUGCAGCGGCUGCGCUCUCAGCCCAAACUGGCCGACGUCACGCUGCUGGUGGGCGGCCGGGAGCUGCCUUGCCACCGCGGCCUAGUCUGCGGCCGGUACCUGCAGCAGCAGCUGGACGCCACCAACUGCCUGGGCAUCUGUGAGUUCGGGGAGCAGCAGGGGCUGCUGGGCGUGGUGGCCAAGGCCUGGGCCUUCCUACGGGAGAACUUUGAGGCGGUGGCACAGGAGGACGAGUUCCUGCAGCUGUCCCAAGACCGGCUGGCCACCUGCCUGGCCAGCGACCUGUUGCAGGUGCAGCCAGAACAAAGCCGGCUGGAGGCCCUGCUGCGCUGGGUGCGCCACGACCCACAGGCCCGGGCCGCCCACCUGCCUGAGCUGCUCAGCUUGGUGCGCCUGGAUGCCGUGCCCAGGCCCUGCGUGCAGCAGCUGCUGGCCACGGAGCCACUCAUCCUGGAGUCAGAGGCGUGUCAAGCAGCCCUGUCCCAGGGCCAUGAUGGGGCACUGCCUGCCCUGCCCCAGCAGCUGGAGGAGGUCCUGGUGGUGGUGGGCGGCCGGGCCCUGGAGGAGGCUGAGGAGGGCGCUGAGGAGCCCGCCCCCCAUCUCGAGAACUUCGCUUUCUACAACACCAAAGCCAAGAGGUGGACGCCGCUCCCCGACUUCCCCGACUUCCACAAGUGGGGCUUCUCCCUGGCUGCGCUGAACAACAGCGUCUACGUCACAGGUGGCUCUCGGGGCACCAAGACAGACACCUGGUCAACCACCCAGGCCUGGUGCUUCCCCAUGAAGGAGGCAGCCUGGAGGCCAGUGGCGCCCAUGCUGAAGGCCCGCACAAACCACGCCAGCUCGGCGCUCAACGGGGAGAUCUAUGUCAUCGGCGGCACCACCCUGGACAUAGUGGAGGUGGAGAGCUACGACCCCUACACAGACACCUGGACGCCUGUCAGCCCGGCCCUGAAGUACGUCAGUAACUUCUCCGCGGCCAGCUGCCAGGGCCGGCUCUACCUGGUGGGCUCCAGCGCCUGCAAGUACAACGCGCUGGCCCUGCAGUGCUACAACCCCGUCACAGAAGCCUGGAGUAUGAUCGCCUCGCCCUUCCUCCCCAAGUAUCUGUCCUCGCCUCGCUGUGCGGCUCUGCAGGGGGCGCUCUACCUGGUCGGCGACAACACCAAGAAGGUCUAUGUGUACGACCCCGGGGCCAACCUGUGGCAGAAGGUGCAGUCCCUGCACAGCCUGCACGAGAAUGGCGCGCUGGUGCCGCUGGGUGACGCACUGUACUUGACGGGUGGCCGCUGGCAGGGCAUGGACGGUGACUACCAUGUGGAGAUGGAGGCCUACGACCCUAGGAGGGACGCCUGGGUCCGCCACGGCGCCCUGCCCCGCCUCUGGCUCUACCACUGCGCCUCCACCGUCUUCCUGGACGUCUCCAAGUGGACCCAGCCCUUCAGCCCUGUCCAGGAGCACUGAGCGGCUCCCCGGCACCCCCAGAGGCAGCCAGCUGACCCCCCAUGGGAGCGCCCCGUUUAGUUUUGCUUGUUUGUUCACUCAGCGGGGGCUGGGCUCAGGGCAUCAGGGACAUCUGAGGGACAUGGUUUUGGUCUCCGCGGCCACCACACCAACUCUGAGCUAACCCGUGGCCGCGGCUGCGACUCUGACGCCCAAAGAGAGGGAGAAGCAGCUCCCCGGCCCACGGGGGUGUCUGAGACCUCAGAGGAAGGAGCUAGGGUCCGGGAAGCAUUGUGAGAACUCAAUGGGCUGGCCCUGGAGAGGAAGAUGCACAAACGAGGGGUGACAGAGUGGCCCGGGCGCUGGAGCCACUGGGGAGGGUGGGCAGCCUGACCCCCAGCUGUGUGACCACAGCCAGCAGCUCCAGCUCCAGGGCCCACUGGCAGCUCAGGUGGCUGCUGGCUUGCCCCCCCCGCCCCACUUCUCGGCCUCUGCUUGUUGGCACCUGUUUCCCCAAAGGCUGCUUCUGGGGACAGAGGAGGACCCCGCUCAGCUUUUCUGUGCCGUGCCCCUGGGAGGGCAGCACCCACUCAGGCACUGGAGGAAGGAGUCGUGUGUGGCGGACAGGAGAGGGGGUCCUCUCCCUGCACAGGGGCUCCGGGGAGGUCAGCGAAGCCUUCUCGGGGUGAGCAGGAGGGGUGCUCUCUGGCCAGGAUUUCUAUUUCUUGGGGUGGUUUGCAUCCAAAGGCUCUUCCUCAGAAUGGAAGUCCCCAGCAGGAGGCCAUGUGGGGUGGGAGCAGGGAGUGGGGCCCAGGGGCAGGGAUCCU